AUGGCCGGUGUUUUGAAAACUUUGAAAGUUUUCUUUUUUGGGUCAGACGAUUCUGAAGAAGAGGAGUACAACAGUGAUAAUGAGUGGGUUAAGGAUUCUAAUCAGUCAAUCAUCAAACAGCAAAAACAAGCGCAAGAUGAUAAAAGAGCACGCUUUCAGUCAGAAAAACAGUCCAGAAGAGAGGAGAAACUCCGUACUGAAUCAAGAAUGCCGGGCAAACGUAAACCAAGGAUAAGGCGGACCAGCUGGAGCCAAUUAUCUAGAGAAGAUGAGGCCCUUCUGGACAGAGAUGAUGAGCAAAAUAUACACAGAGUUCAAAGUUUGCAGGACAUUUCUAACAACGAGUUGCCUUCUCAAAGGCGUUCGUUCUCCUCUCUUUUUCAUCCAGCUCAUGCACAGUCAAGUUCAAACAUUUCAGUCCAGUUUGAUACUGGUAACUCUGCAAGCGAUUCUACAUCGUCCGAUAUGGAAGAAUUGGAAUCGUGCAGUGGAUAUUCAGAGUCGGCUGAAGAUGAAGACUUUUACGUUGACGAAGAAGAGGUUAAUUCUUCUCAGCCAGGAAGAUGUUUCACGAUUCCGAAAGAAGACAGUGAAAAGUCAAAAUUUGAAGACAGUUGUGCAUAUUAUGAAAACAACGAAAAUGAAGAAGAGGAUAUAUUACAACAGGAUAUGAUGAAGUAUGGUUUAGACCUACCUGAAUGCAAUGAACCGAGCCAAACAGAUAAAAAACAGCAGAAAUUAUACGACGAAUUUUUGCCAGUUGAUCAAUUAGAACAAAUACUUCGGUCAAAUACACAGCGUUACAAACGUUGUAAAGUUUCCAUUCAAGGAGCACAUGUAGCACAGUGUACAAACCUUGACGUUAGAGAUGAGCUGAAAGAAAUUGAGAUAUCAGGAAGAUCAAAGGCAGGAAAGGUAUUUGAUGGAGACAUUGUGCUAGUGGAGAUUUUUAACUACGAAAAAUUUACAAAAACAGUCAUUCAAAGACUUCAGCGUGACAUCAAUAAGGAUAACAGGUCGCAGAAGAUCUAUGGCAAAAUUAUCGGUGUUUUUGAAAGGAGGAAGGCCAGAGACAUUGAUCAUCCAGUUUUUGUAUGUACCUUGGAUGACACAGCAUAUUAUUUGAUGAGACCUGUAUGCAGAACAGUUCCAAAACUUCACGUUGACCAUAACAGACAGAAAAAGUACACACUUCAAGUGUAUAAGUAUGAUACAAAGUCCUCAAAUAUUGAACCUGACUCCGAAUUUCGGAUCGACCCUGGGAGAAAAUCGUCCUUUGUCUUCUUGGUCGUGUAUUUGUCUUGGUCUAGUUUGUACCCAAUGGGUGCAGUGAUAGAUGUUAUCGAAAUUGAAGAAAGUUACUCAUCUGCAAUGAAAAUUCUUCGACUUCAUCAUCAGGUACCAGAGUAUUACCAGAAAGAAACUGUUGAAUAUACAAAGAAACUAAUUAAUGAUAUACAAGGAGAAGCUAGUAGAAUCGUGAGUGAGGAGGACCGUGAAGACUUAACUCAUCUUAGGGUCUUUACUAUUGACCCCGAAGGAUCCCAGGACAUUGAUGAUGCUCUCAGCGUAGAAAAAGUCGGCGACAUUUUUGAAAUUGGAGUUCAUAUUGCUGAUGUAAGCUUGGUUGUGAAGAAAGAUGAUCAAAUUGACGGGGAAGCUCAAGAAAGAGCUUGUACAUUCUAUCCUGGCCAAGGAAUGAAUCCUUACCACAUGCUUCCUGAGCCGUUGUCACGUGAUAUAUGUAGUUUAAGGCCUGGGGUUAUGCGGCCUACAUUGUCUGUUAUGUUCAGAAUGACUAAAACUGGUCGUAUUGAAAACCAAUGCAUUAAAAAAACGAAAAUUAAAUCCUGCAGAAAAUUCAGUUACGAGGAAGUGCAGCAGAUUAUUGAGAAGGGAUCAUCUAGUGACAAUGCUUUAGAGAAGGACAUCCUCCAGCUUUUUGAAAUAGCUAAAACAAUACGUACAAAAAGACCAGGAUCAGGAUUUCAUGCUUUUCCCGUUGAGACCAAACUGAAUGACAAUGAGGAUUCAAUUUUGAAUUCAAGAGAAGCCCAUUAUCUAGUUGAAGAGUUCAUGAUUUUGUCAAAUACAUAUGUUGCUGCAUAUUUAAGAAGUCGAUUUCCGAAAGUUAUCCCUCUCCGUUGUCAAGCUGCCCCCUCUUUAGAAAUUCUUAAGAAAUGGAAAGAUCAAAAUUAUCCAUUUCUGCACAUGGUGCUUCGCCUUCAGAAUGUUGAUCCAAGUGCAGGAAUGGGGGGUGAUAAGAUAGACCUAAAUUCUCUUGGACCUUUCCGGUAUACAAGGAUCAUGCCUGUUCAGAAAUGGGUGUGGGAAAAUAUCAUCGAUGCGGUAAGAAAUAAUGACAUCCAGUCAGCAAUACAAUACCUUUGCACUGAUGAACUGCAUCCUAGCCAGUGUUUGGCAUUAGAAGAAUGGAUUUCUUUCCAGGAGAGUGCUUCAUACAAAUGCAGUGGUACCCUAAAUGACCAAAGAGAAGGGAUGCAUUUUUCUUUGCAACGAAUGAUGUAUGUACAUUUUACAUCACCAAUAAGGAGAUACCCUGACAUUAUUGUCCAUCGUCUACUUCAUGCAGCUAUUGACAAUAAAAAAUGUCCAUAUUCAGAAUCAGAGGUUGAUACCCUGUGUCAAAGCUUGAACGAUGUCAUUAGGAGAGCAAAAGAUUUUCAAAAGCAAUGCAGGAUGUUGACUUGGGGAUUUAGAUUAAAGCAAUGUCCACAAAUUCUGCAGGGAUUUGUUCAUGAGGUAUCCGACAGAUCUGUUUCCAUUGUUUUACCUGGACUCAGAAGUCUUCCUCAGAUAUGCAAAGAAAUUGAGUUGAACCUUCUACAUGUAUACGAGAGGCCAAAAUUUGAUAAAGAUACAACUACUGGAGACCUCAUUAUGACCCUUAACUGGCUACUUCGCAUUUAUGAUGUGUCAGGCAAACCAAACAGAGAUGAACGUAAAGCUCAGAGAUUACACUGGUUGUCAGAUGAGGCUAGAAAGGAAGUUUGCAAACGAAUAAAUCCCCAUGCAAGAACAAAGUUUGUUCUUCAAGAGAGGUGGAAAGAAAUACUAUUAAAGGUGGUUCGUGGAGAAUACCAUGAUCUGGAAAACAGUAUCACAGUUCUUCAGGGAAAAGCAUUGUACAAAGACUCAAAUAAACCGGAUUGCAAUAAAGAAGUCGAUGAAGAUCUUCAUAAUUAUGUACCUGCAUGUAAAGAUACAUUACUUGAUCACUCAUCCGAAGUAGAAGAUGGAGAAGUGAUUCGCCAAGCAUGUAGAUUUUCAAUGUCUUUAUCUCGAGGACAAGUAGUUUGUGUGCAAAUAACUGCUGAACCACAGAAAGGAGUUCUUGUACCAUCCUUACAACUGCUUGAUAUGUCGAAAAAUAUCAAACACUGCUUGCAACACAGCCGCGAUCCAAUCAAGUUUUUAUCCAAAUAUUCGAUACACAAAUCCAAAUCAAAAUACCCUUCAGUGGUUGCUUAUCUACAAAUUUGGUUGCCAAUAAUUGAGAUGGAGGCCGUUACAAAUGCAGCGCAUGAUGAUUCUCCAAUCAUCAAUGGAAUAAGUGUCUACAUGGAGUCAUGUCAAAUGGGAUAUUUCAUUCUUGAUCAUUAUUUUUGUGAACAAAGAGACAUUGAUUUCAGUGCAAUGUCGCCACAUUUUAUCCUUGUUGGUGACGACGAGAACAAAAGUGAACUAAUUACAAAUACUGAUUAUUUAUGCAUUAGGUCUGAACAUUUAACCAGUAAAUCUAAUGAAGAAAGGAAAACAUCAUCCGUAGACCCAAAUUACCGUUUUCAGUGGGUCCUUCAUGGACAGAUUGGCAACAUUGAAAAAAUCAUGAAACCUACGCCUCAAAAGAAAGAUUCCUUGGAGGUUGAAACGAGAGAGGGUGACGAAAAGAAGCGGAAUGUCAUAGACAAGUAUAAGAUUCAUUUUAAGCUCCACAAGGAAAGCAAUAAAGCAUCAACCGAAAUGAUGUUCUCGGGAAAUGGAUUUCCUAGCUGUGUAGAACUGGUGCAGAAAUCCGAAACAGAAACCCGGAUAGAGGCUGUUGUGAAUUGUCUUGGGAAAUCCAGCAAGUUAGCUAAAAAUAUAGCUCUACAGAGAGUCACACCAGAUCUAGGUGAAACUUACCUGGAAAAAGCAAGAAAUAUACAAAUCGAAAUAGAUUUACCAUCCAUUGCAGCAAGCAAUGUAUAUCAAACACAAGCCAUCAGGAAUUCACUAACCAAGAGCUUUAGCCUUAUCCAUGGACCUCCAGGCACGGGGAAGACUUAUACGGGAAUAAAAUUAGUUUAUCUGUUUGACAUGAUAAAUGAUUUGCUAAGAGCAGAUGGACAUAAGCAUCAGCAGGUUGUCUUCUGUGGACCCAAUAAUAAAUCAGUGGAUCUUGUUGCAAGAUGGAUAUUGAAUAAAUUUGACGAUUUAGCACCUGAUAUGGUACGCUUAUAUGGCAACUCCCUCGAAAACAAAGAUUAUCCCAUGCCAGGAAAGCACUAUGCUACAUCUGCCUCAGCAAAAGAAAAUCGACCAGAUCCACAAUUAAAAGAUAUAUCUGUACAUCGUCUGAUACGUCAAGAAGGAAGUCUUCAUGCCACUGAGAUAAAGGACUUCGAUGACAAAUUUAAACUCUUCAGAACCGACAAAAGCUACAGACCUACAAUAAGAGAUAUUAGGCGAUACAAGCAUAUCACCAGUGAAGCUGCACAAGAAGAACUAAAGAAGCAUGACGUCAUAUUCUGUACCACUGCCGUCACAACCAGUCCACGGUUCAUUAAGGGUACGCGUGGGAAAGUUUUCCAGUUGAUUAUUGAUGAAGCAGGAAUGUGUACAGAGCCGGAAAGUAUUGCAGCCAUCAUAGCUACAAAAGCAAAACAAGUUGUUUUAAUUGGAGAUCACAAACAACUUAGUCCAGUAAUUUGUUCCACUCAUGCUGCUGAGCUUGGCUUAGAAGUUUCACUGUUUGAACGUUAUGCAAUCUUUGCAAAAAUGCUGAGAUUCCAGUACAGAAUGCAUCCAGCAAUAUGCGAGUUUCCCUCAACUCAUUUUUACGAUAAAAAAUUGAUAACCAAGAAGUCCUCUGCUUGGAAAACUAAGACUCCGUUAAAUAUUUGGAUAGACAAGGAAAAACCAAUCAUAUUCUGUCAUGUGGAGGGAGAGGAGGAGUAUCUGACUGUUUCUACAGAAGAAGGAAAUGAACAGUCUUGUAGCAACAAACAAGAAGUAGAUCACGUGGUUAAAGUUUUUGAAUACCUAGUGAAGUAUGAGAAGAUUAAUCCGAGCAAUAAACAGGCCAUCAACAUCAUGUCGCAGUACAAUGCACAAUGUACAAGAAUUCGGAAGGCUCUUUUGGAAAAGAAGUACAUUAAUAUCAACGUCAACACUGUUGUUGCCAGUCAGGGCGGAGAAUGGGACUACGUCAUUUUCAGCACAGCUCGGUCUCUACCAGAUUACCGAAUCGAGAAACAACCAACCCUGGGAUGGUGUAAACAGAACUUGGGGUUUAUAACGGAUAAACACCAGAUCAAUGUUGCUUUGACCAGAGCAAGACGUGGACUCAUCAUCAUUGGGAACAAACAUCUUUUAUCAUGUGAUUUUGUAUGGAGGAGCUUGAUCAAACAUUACGCCCGUUUUGGCUGUGUCACGGAUGUAGAGCACUUCCCGCCACCUCCCCCGGUGAUGAAAAGACGGCGACGGAAGUCACACCGUGAAAGUCUGGAGUCGGAGGAAGAUUUCUACCGCGGAACAGAUCGCCAGCUUAGUAUGGUAGAUGAAGAAAAUGAAUGAAAUUGAUACCAGUGCAAUAUGAU